UUAGCUGCUUCCCAAAUAAAAAUUUCUACCACAACAAAAUGUUAGAUGCAACCAAUGUCAAGGGUAAAAGUUACAAAGAAAGCUAUAUACCGGGGAGGAUGUAUGGUCCCUAUUCAUUCAUAAAUGUUUUUGGAGGAAGAGAAGAAAUGGAUGUUGUUAGCCAUAGUCGAAGAAAUAUGGUUGAGGUUGCUGUAACAGUGAGGAUAGUGCACAAACUCUUCCAAGCAUGGAACAAAUCGAAGGAGAAACUUAGCAUCAGUGUAAGAUCACCCUAUGCUGCUCAAGUUGUGGCAAUUCAAGAUAAGCUCAGGCUUGAAAACCAUGAGAAGGUUAGUGUCACAGUCAAGUCCAUCGACGGAUUUCAAGGAGGAGAAGAAGAUAUCAUAAUUGUAUCUACUGUAAGAUCUAAUAAUGAUGGUUCCAUUGGAUUCUUGUCUAGUCCUUAG